AUGGAACUAGAUCCGGGAGAAAUGGCGAGUUCUAUCCUUUUCUUCUCUCUCCUCUCAUAUUUGCAUGGAGAAAGAUCUUUCAUCAAGAUCACCCUAACUCUAAUCCUCCCUCUCUCCUUCAUCUUCCUCAUCCACAUCGAAGUCUCCAACAUCCUCUUCGGCAAGAUCGUAAAAAAUACACAACAAAUGAUGGAAACCCCACAAGGCACACCCCAAUACCACACCCUCUCCAACAUGCUCUCUUCAGAAUGGACCACCUUCAUGCUCUUCAAGCUCAUCUACUUCACUUUCCUCCUCAUUUUCUCCCUCCUCUCCACCUCUGCAGUGGUAUAUACCAUCGCCUCAAUCUACAUCACAAGAGAGGUCACUUUCUCCAAGGUUAUGACCGUCGUUCCCAAACUUGAGAAAACGGCGUUGGGGCCUCAACCUACAAUGUACUGGAGUGUUGUUACUGUGUUGGAAGACUCGUGUGGGAUUGGAGCCAUGUUGAAGAGCAACGCGUUGAUAAGGGGGAAGACGAGUUUAUCGGUACUCAUAUUCUUGAAGCUGUUGGUUUUCUUUGGGUUGAUACAAUUUUUGUUCAAGAAAACGAUGGUGCAUGGGUGGAGGUUAGGGUGUGUGGACAGAACACUUUAUGGGAUAGUGUGUCUGGUGUUGUUCUCUCAGUUGUAUCUGUUCCAACUUGUGAUCCAAACAGUGCUCUAUUUCGUUUGCAAGUCCUACCACCAUCAGAAUAUCAAAAUAUCGAUAAAAGUUGGAACAUGGCAGGAAAUGAAGAGGAGAAAAGAAAAAGUACAGAUUCGUCAACGGGAGUUAACUCCGUUUAUGUGA